UCGUUUUCAAACUGAGUCAAACUGUCACAUAAUUUCAAAAUAUUUUUAUAGGAUCGCUAUUUUAUGUUCAUUUAUUUCUAAGCCAAUGUGAGCGAGUUUGUGCAUCCAAGUGCGCUUGAACCAUAAGCGCUAACCAUGGACAUGAACGAAGGUCCUACACCAGAUGACCUAUGGACACCAUACAAGGAGCUGGUGGCGGUGGUGGAGGGCUAUCUGGCCCACGAGAGUGGUGGAGCGCCGUAUGCAGUUCAUACGUUUGAGUCAGUCCUGCGGCGACACAAACAGACGUUUCUGGCUUUAUUGAAGAAUCCUGCUAAAAACCUCGCCAGCAGGGAGGAGAUCAAAAGAGGCAUCAGUGAGGGAGUGAACCUGCCCAGUGUGGGGAGAACAUUGCUCUCUAAAGAACUGGUGGAUGAGGCUAUUAUAAUAUCAGACAUGUACAAUGUAAACGAGUAUCUAGCAUUAGAGCUGCUGCAUACUGCUCAGCGCCAGCUGCCGCGGCACCCGGGGCUGCCGCGCGGGCUCGUAGCUGUGCUGUUGUACUACGACGGACGACGCGCGCUCGUGCAGGCGCUUAAGGAGCUGGUUAUGAGCACCCAGGGGGUUUGUUGGUCAAUAAACGCGCGCGAGGAAAUAGUGAACUACGUGACGCGGUACGUGGAGCAGCUAAUUUCGGACGGGUUGCUGGGCAAUGUGCUGGACUCCUUGCAGCGGUACACGCUGGAAGGGGAAUUACAGCUGCUGCAGAACAACCGUGCGCUGCCGCCGCACCGGCACCAUUUGCGGCUAGUCGCUACCAUUGAUAACUCGAGAAAACUACUGGCGGGUGUAGUGUUUGCAGCGGCCGCGCAACGUGGCUUAGGCAGAGACAUGUUACUCAGACUUCUAGCUGAGCAAACAACGUCUCCGACACAUGGGCCGACAGGAGCUCUGGACGAGAUAUCACUUGCACUACAGAUGGCGCUGCUGUACGCCUUGGAUCUGUCGGUCUUGCACAGACGCGAAGAUGGCGAAGAACUAGCUAAAAAGUUACCAUUAAUCCAAGAUUCAGAUUUAAUAUCAGUAUUACUCGACGAAUUAACACCUCAACCUAACCAGAUACAAGACAGCGAAAAAACUUCAGGCGUCAGAGCUUUGUGCCAGUUGGCGUUAGGCUUGGCGUUAGCGGCGUUAAAGAGGGCGCCACAGUCGCUAUUGAGGAGAGGAGGGGUCGGAGGCGAGGUGAAAGUUGAGCUAUUGGACCAGGACGAGGUGCUUGUUGACGCUGCGAUCGAUGGCAAGGUGUUUGAAUAUUUGGACGAAUCGAUUCUGUCUACGGAUUUUGUUGCAAAGGAAGAGUAUUACCAACGACGCGUUCACACGCUCAUCACUGAUUUCAUUGUCUUGAUGCACUCUAAACUCAUGGAGAUGAGAGUCAAGGCGGACGAGGCGGCGCGCGAGGUGCAGAUGUACGCGGCGGAGGGGCUGAGUCCGCCGGCGGGCGCGGGGCAGAGCCGCACGCGCCUGGACGCGCUGCUGCGCUGCGUCGAGCGCCUGUACGCGCACGACCCGCUGGGCCUGCGCCACGACUACUGGCGCGCCUGCGACACCGGCGCGCACUCGCACGUCUACAGGGCCGGCGGGCGCGCGGCCACGCUGUACAAGUUCGUGCGGCUGUCGGGGUCGCUGGUGUGCGCGGCGCUGCUGCCGGCGUACCUGCGCGCGCUGGCGGCGCUGAGCGUGGCGCGCCACACGUGGGCGCUGCUGGCGCGCCGCGACGCGCUGUCCGCGCACCACCUGCUGACGGCGCUGGCGCGCUACCACGCGAACCUCCGCGCGGACCCAGCGCCGUUCUUCAACCACCUGCACUCGUCGUCCCUGGGCGCGUCGGCCAUCGUGACGCCAGCGGCGCGGCCGGGCAAGCUGCUGGUGCGCCAGGAGGAGGUGGAGGCCAUGAUCGCCGCCCUGCGGCUUAUCGCCGCCGUGGCCCGGGAGGACUCUGCCGCCGCCAACAACAUCUGCGAGAACCUGCAGUGGGACGCCGUCAACGUCAUGUUCGGUCUGAUCUGCUGCCACAUCCCGAUCCAGUUGAAGAGCGAGCUGUGCCUUGCGCUGGCGGCACUGGGCGGCACGGCGGCCACAGCCGGCCGCGUGUGGGCCGGCCUCGAGGCCACGCAGCUGGUCACCAGCUCCAAAGAAAAGAGAACACUGUACGCGGAGUUGCAGGAAGUGGAAUGUCGAAUGGAGGAGUACCCCCUCUCGCGCGCGUUCCUCUCCCUCCUGGACUCGCUGUGCGCCGCGGCUCCCCUUCCACGUGCACUAGGCGCCGGCGUGCGUCCGCCCGGCCUCGACCCUUACGUGGAACACACCUUGAACAGAGUCGCCUUGCCGUCACCGCACCGGUCAUAUGCCAGGCCUUACGAGAAGUGGCAGGUACUCUCCCUGUGCUACCGCUUGUUCGCCCGGUGGCUUGACCAAUACGAGCCGGCACCCUCCGACUUCCCAGCAGUGGGCCGCGAGGCGGACUCCAACCCCCCUCCCGGCUUCCGCCUGCUGUUGCAAUUGCACACGAAGUCGGAGUUCCUACGGUUGUUGCUCACGACUCUUGACGAGGCGUAUGACUUGCUUGACCGCCAGUCUUUGCCUGGCAAGGAAUUCAUAGAACAGAGCUUAGUGAGCGUACUACAGAUGCUGGAAAGGGCGUUAACGUUGGAACGUGCUUUACUCGCCGCGGCGACAGAGGCAGGCCGCUCUGUACUCAUAGUGGGCCUCUCUAAACUAAUCUUGGCCCCUGAAGGGCCGGACAACAGCGACCGCCUAGUAACGUGCUGCAAGAUCGUUCAGCUGGGCGCGUCCCUGCCGGCUGCGGCGGCCCGCGCCGUGCAGCUGCUGUGCCGGGCGCUGCAGGCGCCUGCAGCCGCGAGGCAUCUGUUGCCAGCUGUAACGCACCGCCACGCGCUGGCCGCGGAGAUCAGACACGGCUUUGUGGAAUGCUUGGAAGCGGAAGAGUGGGGCGAUGACGAAGACAGCAAAUCGAUCCGGCAAGCCAAGGAAGGCAUCAUAAUGUUACUUCAACAAGUGUUACCAACCGCUGCGCCGAACUUGGCGCACUUCCUCCUGGGUUACCAGUUGGGGGAAGAUGUCAGCCGGAGUGCGUUGAACGAGCCCGGGGCGGCGGGCUACCCGCGAACCUGCCUGCACUCUAUUUUGGACAUAUUGGACCAGCACAUAUCAGGACACAAUAGUACUGACAGAGAGGCAAACAACCUAAUCGAAAGCUGCUACCGGUUGCUGUACUGGCUGUGUGCAAGGCCUAACACGUCUGCGCCCGUGCUGCGGUUGUUGCGAUCGAGAGACUACUUCCUGUGCAGACAUAUUAAGGCUACUAUAAAUCUGGAGACGGCGUCGGUGGCGCAGGUGUCGGCGCGCUCGUGGCUGGUGCGCGCAUGCGCGUGCGAGGCGGGCGCGGCGGCGGCGGGGCGCCAGCACCAGGCGCUGCAGGCGCAGGUGGCGGCGCUCACGCACACGGCGCACCACCCCACGCAGGAAUGGGAAUGGUGUCUGCUACGGCGGACCCUGGAAGGUUUACCAGUGACCGUGGAGGCGGCCUCCGAGCCGCGGUGGGAGCUAUUCAACGCGCAACAAUUGAGGAACGCCAUAGCACUUUGCGAUGUGCCUACAGGACUGGGAGGAAAGCGCAUCAGUGUGUCACGAGUCCACGCGUUGUUGGCUCGCGAGCUGGCCGCGUUGAACGCCACCGCGCCGCAGAGGAACCUCGUCGUCAUGGAAAUACAGAAGGUCUUAGACUACGUAACAGAAGUAAACCGCCAGCGGAAUCUCGCCGCCACACUGUCGCACUACUACGAUUCGUGGCGACAGCUCACAGAAAUUCUGUUCUGCGUCGCGCCUCAUGACAUCCUCAACCUGGAAUCCAGGAAAAACCUCCUUCUAAACAUAAUACAAGAUCUACUAAACAAGAUCCCACCAGCUGAAGUUCUUCCGCAAAUCGGAAAUUUAGCUUCAGGAACGAUAUUACUCCUGCUAGUCAAUUUACGUCACUGUUACAUACUCCAGAAGAGGGACUCGAAUUUGAAGUCCUCAGAAUUCGAGACCACGUUCUUUGGUCCUUCGAACCAGAUCAUGCAGACGAAUUCUUUAACUCUGAAGUUUAUUCUGCAUAAGAUUUUGAGCUGGAUCUUGGUGUCAGGUGGAUGUACUCAGAAAAUGAGAGUGAACCUAUAUGGAGCUUUGUUAAAUUAUUUAAAUAUAGUGAAUUUGAAGCCGAGCCCAGCGGAGCCCGAGGAGGACGUGAAUGCUACAUACGUUAGCAGACUGGAUAGUUCCAAAGCUAGGUCUGCUGGUAGAGAAGAAUCUACCUUGAAGAGUAUGGUUAUAGACGUUAUUAGCGGGUUCGGGGACAAUCUUUGCUCCAUUGUCUGCGGAGACUGUAUUGGUGGUGGUCACGACGUGUGUAGGAUGGUGGCGCUCUCGUGUCUUGACACCCUCAUUGAAAUCUACCCUCGCACCGACUGGAUAACAACGUUCAUCAACCAGGGCUACCUCCGAAGCCUCAUCGAUAGCUUGCUCCAUGAUGAUGAGCCACUUAAGGAGACAUUAGAUGCAAACCCAAAAUCCCUACGAGUUCUUUACGUAUACGAGUCAAAGAUGGCGCUGCUCAUCAAGAUCUCGGGCACUCGCAUGGGCGCAGAGACUGUACUCGCGCAAGGGGCGCUUUCGUGUCUAGCCUGUAUGACAUCGUUGGACUGCCACCCUGAUAUUCAUACAGGCUAUGGGACGCACCAGGACACGGAGUUUGUGCCAUCGGUUGCUAACAGAUUUCGUCAAAUUCUCGUACCUGCGCUGGCGCUGUGUGACGCACUGUUAACUACGCUCGGCACUCAGAAUCACAGCUGCGUGAUACACGUGACGCACUUCCUGUUAAGCCACAUCGUAUGCAAUCUCCUGACGUACGCCCGUAAUAUUCUGGAACGUGACGGGUCUCGAGUGCUGUUCCGGCCAAGUCUCGCCCCGAGCGGCAACGACCACGAUACGACGACGGCCGACGGCCCGCACUGCGGUGCCAUCUUGCGGCUAUUACAGCACGCCACGGCGCGUGCGCACUUACUCGCGAAGUUGCUGGCUACUGCGCAGCAUCAGUUAACCAAUGUGCCUACCUUGACUUCGGACGACUUGAAAAAGCUCCUUCCCCAAGACACGGCUCCCACGUCACCCGUAGAGACGCGUGCGCAAGUGGUGACCCUGCUGCGAGAGCGCGUGCACUUACGCAGACUCGAGCUGCAAUACUGCGAGCAUUGCGUCGAGGCGGCAUUGUACCUCGUGUGGGCACACGUGCACGUCUACUUGAGGGCCAGCGUGGUCAUCAACAACGUCAAUGACACGACAUUGACAGUGGCGAAGGCGUGGCGCGGCGCCGCUGGCAGUGAGCUGCCCGAGUUGCGCAAAGGACUUGUCGCGGUUUUCAACGACCGAUUUGCUGAACAGCUGCUCGAUACUGCUAAGAACCAAGCACCCGUCCAGCGCGGUUUUCUCGAUGUCCUCCUCAAAGAUAUAAAAAGCAUGAUCCAGUUCUCGCCGCUUUAGACCAGUUAUGUUAAAUAUAGUUGUAUUAUCAAGUUUUCUAAUUAACAUACCCAUCAGUGCAUUGAAUAAAUAAAUUAAUUUUUGUAAUUAUACUUUGACUUUAUUUUUGUGUUCACCACGUUCACUCGUAUGGUCUUCUAGAAUUACAGCUUAUUUCAAAAUCCCCUAAUUCAUCAGGAAGAUGGUUCAAUACAAAAUAAGUGAAACGAAUCCAUUACAGGCUCAAUGUUGUCACGUGAUUCAUUCGACCAAUGGAAAUGGCUGAAAGUUAGACAUGAGCGCCGAUAAUAGAUCAACCGGCGGCGGCGCGCGGACAAAAAAGUAUCGGCGGCGGCGGCGUUUCGGCGGCGCGAGCGCGGCCCUAAAACGAAUUU